UCAAAUGUCAUAAUAAUUUCAUUUUUCUGAAAAUUACAUUUUCUUUAAUGUUUUGUGUUCUUUUUCAUGUUUUAUUGAUGUCUAAGGCUACUUUAUACCCUAAUUUUGCUUUAUUUGCAAUAAAUUUCGCAAAUUGUGUAAGUGACUUCUGCCGACACUCCAAGGAUUUUUAAUUGAUGUUUUACAAUGAAAAACAGAGAUCAUCUUCAUAAAAGGUAGCAAGUGUCUUCGACGCCCACAAGACACUGUAUCAAGGGCUGCGUAGUGCGAUUAAUCUUUAACGGAAUUUUUACGUUAAAUAAUGAAAUCGUGAAAUAAGUUCGUGUAUGAAGGUGCGUUGUAUGUUGGACAAUGAGUGAUUCGCCUGGAGUGGAGUGGCUCCCGGCGUACAGCCCGGGGCCUCCGAGACACAGUCCCUUGGGCCCCAUUCCUCGCUUCCUAUACGAAGAUGUGCAGCCGCCAUCACUCCAACAGGAAAACAACAACAAGGAAAUCGAUCAGAAACAAAAUACAAAUAAAAUCAAACAUGCUAAGCCAGCUUACAGCUAUGCUAGUAUGAUCAGAUUAGCAAUCAGCAGUAGUCCGAAUGGCAAGAUGACACUUAAUGAGAUAUACAACUACAUCUGUAAUGCAUUCCCUUAUUACAAAGAAGCCGGAAAAGGAUGGAUGAACUCGAUAAGACACAAUCUGUCUUUAAACAAGUGUUUCAUGAAGGUGGCUCGCAGUAAGGAUGACCCAGGGAAGGGUUCCUACUGGGCUAUGGACAGUAGCUACAAAAUGGCAGAAGUAACGCCACGGCGCAGACGUAGUUUGCGAAUGGCUCCUUAUAGCCCAGAAUGCAGUUCAAAUAGUAGCGGCGAAGCUGGCGCCUCCGGUGUGGACGCAGCGCCGACACCGCCCGCCACCCCCACCACACCUACCGCGCCGAACACCCCCACAACGCCGACUACGCCUACCACGGCCAUAAUCAAGGAAGAGCCAGUGGUCAAAGAGGAGAAUAAUUCAAAACACACAGACGAUGCGUUGACGGCGCUCAUGAACGAGGAGUUGAUAACCGACGCCGAUAUAAGUAGGGAGAGCUGGUGGUGGUCGGGCGCGCGGCGGCACGUGUGCGAGCUGCGCCACUCGGCGCUCACGGACGACUACGGGAACUUCCUCGACACGCGCGCGCACGACUGCGACUGCCCGCUGGACGCGGCGCUGGCGUCGGCCGCCGGCAGCCCCCCCGCGCCGCACGCGCCCGCCGCGCCCCCCGCGCCCCUCGCGCCCGCCACGCCGCCCUGGCACGCCUUAUAACACCGCUCGACGCUUCUGCUCAGGCUUCACUGUACCGUGCGCCAGUCGUAACCUACACCGAGCGAGUACCGUCGACAGCCACCGGGUUUGCGAUGCUUCGAAUGUUGUCGAUUCGAGUCGAGUGACCUUUGCCUUCGACGCACGAGUGAUGUCAUCCCUUGCGACAAUAUACGGGAGUGCAAACGUUGCGAUUUUGCAAAGCUGAUAUCUUUUUAAAACUUCUUUUUGUAUAUUUGUCGUUGUACAAUUUUUAUAAUAACGAUUAAGAAAUGAUAACAUCAGGUUUCUUAAUAUACAAUUAUAAAGUUCCAUGUUCAUUUGUAUAAAAAAAGGUAUAUUUAUUGUUAUGCUGGUGUCGCACAUUCGAUGAUAUUGAAAAUUUUUCUCAUAAUAUAUUCUUUGCAUUGCCAUUUCAAAUAGCAAUAUAUAUAGCGUCUGCAUAUUAUAAAAAUGUUGAGAAUUUUUUAUAAUUUAAAAUAUAUAGUUUACAAAUUGAGCUGACUUUAAAAUUGAGAAGAAAUAUAUAUAGCAUACAAAUUAUUGAGUACAUUAACACGUUGAUUAUUAUGUUAAAGAAAAUGUACCUGUCGAAAAGAAAAAUUGCGUGCGAAUGUAUGACUCCAGCGUAACACUACAUCGUAAUAACCGCGAAUUAGCUGGCUAAUUCAGUUAAACUGUGAUCCUGAUCAGUUGGAGAGUUCUAUCAGUAAAUAGAAAUUAAAUAUAUCUUUUUAAAAGACGACAGUGUCACGGAGUUCGUCAUAAUCAUGAGAUGAUGUGCAGAAAUAUAUUUUUCUUAUCUGGAUGAAUGGUGUUGUAUCAAGUUUGAUAAAAUGACCAUUGGACCCAAUAGUUAAUAAAGCAUGUUGGAACAAUUGCAUAAUAGCUAUAUAGUUGUAAAUUUAUGUAAAGUAUAUUAUUAGAGUCGGAACUAUGAUACCUAGCCCUAGUUUAGUCUAAGCGAUGUGUAUGCCAGUAUUUUUUUUUUUAUUAUAUAAAAAUAAUGAUACGUUUUCUUUUGAUAUUUUGUCAAACAAAUGUUAAAAGAUAAAGAUCAAUGUGUUAUUACAUAGACCAGUAUAAAAGUGUUCAGAUGUAUGAUAUAGUUUUUACUUAAUGUAAGAAAAUCUUUUGUAAAAAAUAAAAACACAUUUUUGAAAACGAACAGACGUAACAUUGUGAAGUAACAUAUCUGCCAAGUUAUAAAUUUUUUAUAGAUUAGUGUAGUUACCUCUGCGUAAGUUUUAAUCUAGAUUUUAAUGUUUCGUGCCGAGUUGUGCUGCUCCUUGGAUAUUACUAACUGGUGUUUUUUUUCAUAACGAUAUUGCAUACAUAUUUAUUAGCAAUACGAUCCAAUCGACAACGUAAUACUUAAUCUAAAAUUUAACCUUGAAUUGGCGAAUUGUUUUUAUAAACUAGUUUUAACUGGUUAUUGAAACUGUUAACUUUCCAACAGCUUAAAGAAUUGUAAUCCAUUUUCUAAUACAAAGGAAAGUGUGUAUUUGGAAUGUUACAAAUAUUGUACCAGUUCUGAGUUGAAGGAGUUGCACAUCUCACUGUAUUAUUUAAUAAGCGGACCAUAGUGUAUACAUCAAUGAGUGGUCUUCAUAUAAGGAAAACGAUGAAAUGUCAUUAUAAUUGGCUGAAUAUGCCUUUAAUGCAAAAGUUUAUUAUAUUUGUAUAAUGUUUUGACAAUAUUUAUAAUUGUAUAAUUUUAUAAUGAAUUUGAUAAUUAGUUAUGAACUGGGGAUUGGACGCACGCUAAAAAACAUAGGUAUGAAUUAAACUGCGGUUACAUCUGUGCAGCUAAGCCAAUUAACAUCUUAUUGCAAACUUAACUUGUUCGCACAAGUGUGACCGCAGAUGUGCAAAUGGCACACGUGUGGUCGAUCCUUUAAGUGUUAUUUUAUUUAGAACUAGUUUUGGUAUAAUCAAGGAGAAUAGUUAAAUUGAUGUAAAAUUGAUAUCAGAAGUAACCGUACACUACGUAAUGGCCAAGUAUCGGCGCCAGUUAGCGAUCAGAUCUCAGAACGACCAGUAUAUUUAACUAAUAAUAAGCUUGCUCUUCGCACAUGGGCGUAUAGAGUUCAAUUAUAUUAUUUAAGAAAUAUAUAUAUAAAUAUACGAUUUAGUUUAUAUGACAAAUCAUAAUUUGAUACUUGCAGAAUAUUUUUUUAGUCGUAAAUACAUUCGGCCUACUGUGAACUUCGCACUUGCCUAAAUUUUUCUUAUCAUAUUUAAUCUGUGCCAUAUAGUGCGUACUGUCGAGCUAGACUAACAGUCCCAUAUCUUAUCGAAAUGUGUUCAGGAAUUUUUAGAUUAUAUACUUAUAUUAUUGUAAAGUGUGUGUAUAUACUAGAUUAUUACGCUCUCAAAUUUUAUGGGAUAUUUUGAGCCGUUUAUUACGGUACGUUUUUUCGGUAGGAGGAUCUACGCCGGUAGGUUUAGCGGUUUGAACGGCGAGCGAUAUUGUCGUCCAAAAAUAAAAUUGACAUAAUAAGUAAUACGUAUAUAUAAUUAUUCUAUGUGUUUUAAAUGCUUCGAUUAGGCUGAGGACAUAAUGCCUGUAGUUGUAUUCUAGCAGUGUGUACUCAGGCUAAAAUAAACAACAUAUGCAAUUUGUUAUUUUGUAAAUUGGUUCGUAAAUUAACAUUCCUUGCUUUCGAUACUUAAAAUAUAACCUCUUAUAAUUGAAAUUAACAGUUUACUUACAGUGUUUAAGUGUAAUUUUUAUAUUUUAAAUUGAAUCGUUUUGAGUUUAUAUUAUAUUUUGUAACUCGGUGCGUAAAAUGAGCCAUCAAUUUAUUAUUUUUGAUAUUUAUUAUUUUCUGUGAUAAACUCUUCAUUUUUUAAGGUAGAAUUGAUUAUUUACAAUAUAUUAUAAACGCAAUCAGCUGUGAAUUGAAAAAAAAUGUAUCUUUAAUUCAAUUCUUUAAUGGACAAAUGAAAUGUGUAAAAAAUAAUAUUGUCAUACCAAUAAGUUUUCUACGUGAAAUCAUUUAAUGGAAUUCUGAAAAUUCUACAAAAAAAUCAGAUGUAAAAUUGUCUAUUAAAGAGAUAUCUUAUAUUUUUUGUUUAUUAUAAUUUUGAUGACGUAAAUGCGUUAUUGGCCAUUUCUGGUUACUUGAAGGUUUUAUGCAAUUUUAAAAGUAUAUUGUGUUAAAAUUGGGUAUAUCUACUCCGCCUAUAGAUGAUAUUAACGCAGCGAACUAUUUGAAAUUAUUAUUUAAUUAUAAUUCUUACCGCGCUACCCGUUUACUUUUAAGAGUAGAAUGUUCUACCUCUAAAAUCAUAGUUGAUGUACAAUAAUAAUUAUAAA